AUGAAAGUUAAAAAGGAAGAGAAGAAAAUAUCAAAACAAGACAACACGAUACCCAAAAGUAAAACUAUAGGAAACUCUAAGAGAAGAAUCCGCAAUUUCAAGACAGCAGCAUCUGGGAAGUCAAAAAGCCGAAGAAAUAUUAGAUUUGAUGAUUCAUCAUCAAAAGAUGACCCCACUAACAUAAAAGACAUUUGCCAAGAUCAUUACUUGGACGAUAUGGAUCCAAAGAAUUCAUUUCUACAAAAAUGA